GUCACGCCCACGCCGACAGGAACACACACAUUAACAUUAACACUGUUAAAGCGAUGAAAACUUGCAGCUUUCAGCGCUGAUUACAGAUACUAUUGUCGCUCGAGGCGGAAUCCAGCAGUAAAAUGCCAUUGUUUGACGGGCUGGGAAGUGGAGGAGAGAAGACUGCGAUUGUCAUUGAUUUGGGAGCAGCAUACACAAAAUGUGGCUUUGCAGGGGAGACGGGGCCAAGGUUCAUAAUUCCGAGCGAGAUCAGGAAACCGGGACAGCAACAGAUCACCAAAGUGGUUCAGUACAACAUCAACACAGACGAGCUGUAUAUCAUCCUCAAAGAGUUUAUCCAUUUGCUCUACUUCAGACACCUUCUGGUGAACCCUCGCGACAGAAGAGUGGUCAUCAUCGAAUCCAUCCUCUGCCCGACCCACUUCAGGGAGACGCUCGCCAAGGUUUUCUUCAAACAGUUUGAGGUGCCGUCUAUGCUGUUUGCUCCAAGUCACCUCAUGGCCGUCAUGACUUUGGGCAUCAACUCUGCGCUUGUGAUGGACUGCGGAUACACGGAGACGCUGGUGCUGCCUGUUUAUGAGUGCACUCCUAUCCUCCCAUCCUGGGAAGCGUUGCCUCUAGGAGGGAAAUCCAUUCAUAAAGAGUUGGAGGCAUUUCUUGUGGAGCAGUGCACCGUGGACACGGAUACCAGCGCAGGGCAAAGCGUAUCAGCCGCCAUUGGGACUUUGCCAGAAGAAACUGUAGAGGAUAUCAAGGUCAGAACAUGUUUUGUCAGUGACUUGCAGAGAGGCCUCAUGAUCCAAGAAGCCAAAUUUAACCUGAACGGAACAGCAGAGCGUCCAGCCCCUCCUCCAGAUGUCGACUACCCCCUCAAUGGGGAGAAAAUCCUGCAUAUUAAAGGAUCUAUCCGGGAUUCAGUGAUGGAGACGAUGUUUGAACAGGACAACGAAGAGGAGAGUGUGGCCUCUCUAAUACUUGAUGCUCUGGUCAAGUGCCCCAUUGACGCACGUAAAGUGCUCUCUGAGAACCUGCUAGUGAUUGGAGGAACGUCCAUGCUGCCCGGCUUCUUGCACCGCCUGCUGGCAGAAAUACGCCUCCUGGUGGAGAAACCGAAGUACAGCAAAGUGCUGGCCAGCAAGAGCUUUCGCAUCCACGCUCCACCUGCCAAGCCCAACUGCACGGCAUGGCUCGGAGGUGCCAUCUUUGGGGCCCUGCAGGAUAUCUUGGGCAGCAGAUCGGUGUCGAGAGACUACUACAGCCAGACAGGCCGCAUCCCGGACUGGUGCUCCUUGAGCUCCCCUCCUCCUGAAUCUUUGUACGAAGCAGGAAAGACGCCCCCGCCACUGAUGAAGAGAGCUUUCUCCACAGAGAAGUAGCACCAUGCCGCAGCAUCCUGCUCUCCAGUUCACCCCUCUCCAAAAGGACAUUCUAGUUAUCUUUAAUGUAACAUCACUACACUUGUCUGGAUAACAUGUUUACUACACACGCAGCUCGGGAGGCUUUAACGUCGAGUGGUCAACGGUUUUCUGUAGACUGGUCAUUCUGUGUGUCAGGCUGUAAAACAGUACAUUCAUCAGCUGUGUUCAUUUGAUAACUAGAAAGUAAACAUUUCAUAUAGCUUACGUGUUACAAGCAGACACGUCUACUGUUAAAGUCCCUUUGAGAGAAAGAGAGGGGGUGAACCGUUUAAUGUGCAUCCUCUCUGUCUAGCUAAUUCUGAAAAGUACACUGUUCAGCAGAAAUGUUUCAGACGACAGCCAAGCCAAAUUUAAUCCAGACACAAGAAAACUUUGGAGUAAUCACGGCGUAACGUGUGAUUAAAUGUAAAAAUGUCAUCAUGACAGCCAUUAACCAUUCAGAAAAGAAAAUGUUGCACUUAUUUAUUAUUUGUACUGAAAGUCCUGCACAUAUACAUUAGAAGUCUGAUCAGUUACAACUUUCUGUGUGUUGUUGGGUCCAUUUAAACACCCUAGAGGCGUUUUACUCUGUAAGCGUAACAGUCCAGAAUACGACAAAUAAAUAUUCACAAUCA